AUGCUGAGCUCACAGAACCCGGCGGUAACGCAACCGCCAACGGCGGGACACGGCUCUUCGUUGCCCUCCCUACAUGACUUUGGCAACUUCAGGACAUCUUCAUCCCAGAACAGCUACUACCCAUCUGCGACCCAACAAUCACAAAGCUCGACCCAAAGUAGUUACUACCCAUCACCAUCGACACCACAACAGGGCUCAUAUCCUGGUUUUCAAGGGGUACCAACAUCGCAGUUAUCCCCGACAAGUUACUCACCUUCAACAUCGCAAGGAAAUGCGCCACGCGCAUUGGGAUCGAUAUCGAGCAGCGGCAGCAGCGGAUCCGGGCUACACAACAUGCACCAGCCCGGCACACCGUUGGCCAUGGUGGGUAUGUCAGGCAUGCAUUAUGGCACCCACCAUCCGAUGCCUCAGUACCAUCGGUAUGGAGCUGGCCACGACCAAUUGGGACCUCGUCAAGGGGACCGACCAUACAAGUGUGAUCAGUGCACGCAGGGCUUCAACAGGAAUCAUGACUUGAAGCGCCACAAGAGGAUACAUUUGGCUACGAAGCCAUAUCCUUGUGGCAACUGUGAGAAGUCUUUCUCGAGGAAGGAUGCGCUGAAGCGUCACAGACUAGUCAAGGGUUGCGGAAAGAACGAUCAGGUCAACGGAAACAACACCAAGCCGGGAACGGCGGGGGACAAUAACACACGGCCACCGGGUGAUUACUCGGUAGGCUCCAGGACUUCGCCCAUGGAACGCAUCGACGAAAAUGCGAGUGGUGACGGAGCAGUGGCGCGAUUGGCUUCGUGA